AUGGACAUGUGGACGGUUCUGCUCAUCCUGCAAGCCUCGCUGGUGCUCCCCCGGGCUGCUGCUGCUGCUGCUGCUGCCGCUGCCGCCACCACACCCACUCCCAUGCUGCGCUUCGUCGCUGUGGGUGACUGGGGAGGGGUCCCCAACGCCCCAUUCUACACAGCCCGGGAAAUGGCCAAUGCCAAAGAGAUUGCCAGGACAGUGCAGAUCCUGGGCGCAGACUUCAUUCUGUCCCUGGGAGACAAUUUCUACUUCAGUGGUGUGCAGGAUGUCAACGACAAGCGGUUUCAGGAGACCUUCGAGGAUGUGUUCUCUGCCUCCCCGCUCCGCACCGUGCCCUGGUACGUGCUGGCUGGCAACCAUGACCAUCUGGGGAACGUCUCAGCACAGAUCGCCUACUCCAGGGUCUCCAAGCGCUGGAAGUUCCCCAGCCCUUACUACCGCCUGCGCUUCAAGAUCCCCCGGUCCAACGUGUCCGUGGCCAUCUUCAUGCUGGACACCGUGACCCUAUGCGGCAACUCUGACGACUUUGCCAGCCAGCAGCCCGAGAGGCCCCGCAACUUGGCGAUGGCCCGCACGCAGCUGGCCUGGCUCAAGAAGCAGCUGGCAGCGGCCAAGGAGGACUACGUGCUGGUGGCCGGCCACUACCCUGUGUGGUCUGUCGCCGAGCACGGGCCCACCCACUGCCUGGUCAAGCAGCUGCUGCCGCUGCUGACCGCGCACAAGGUCACCGCCUACCUGUGUGGCCACGACCACAACCUGCAGUACCUUCAGGAUGAGAACGGCUUGGGCUUCGUGUUGAGCGGGGCCGGGAACUUCAUGGACCCCUCGAAGAAGCACACGCGCAAAGUCCCCAGUGGCUACCUGCGCUUCCACUACGGGGCCGAGAACUCACUGGGUGGCUUCGCCUACGUAGAGAUCAGCCCCAAGGAGAUGAGCGUCACUUACAUUGAAGCCUCGGGCAAGUCCCUCUUCAAGACCAGGUUGCCGAGGCGAGCCAGGUCCGAGCAUCACCACCGCCGCAGGCUCCAUGCUGGGGCCUGA